AUGUCUUCGUCCGAGGAGAAAUCACCAGUUGAUACCGAAGCACAACAUACCCCCGAUUCCGAUAAUGGUUCAACAGGAACCACAGUUCCACCUCAAUCGAUUCCACCAUCAUUUGUUUUUCGUACAAAUACCCGUAAUAAUAUCUAUAUUAAUCCAAUAACAAAUCUCACUUCAAUACCCUCUCCAAUUGAAAAUAACGAUAAAGUUGAGGAAUGUCCAAAGUGGGAUGAGAAAAAAGCUAUCGAAGGCGAAGAACGAACAUUACAGCGCAAGCACCAACUUAAUGUUGCGCAAGUACUCUAUGGAAAAGAUAUUGAACAAGAAGUGGUGGAGAAAUUCAAAGGUCCAAGAAACUUUUUGGACGGAUAUUAUAUUUAUUAUCUCAACGGACUGGAGGAAUGUCAGAAACAUACUGAAGCGAAGCGUAUCAUAAAGCGCGCUUUUACACCAGGAUUUCAAUUAGGAAAAAAAUAUAUUGAAUCAUGGAGUGAUGGAACGCAAGUUGAAUUUUUCAAAAGGUUCUACGAGAGUGCACAACGUCUAGAUGCUGUGCACAUGGUUCGAGAUAAUGUCAGGAAGAUCAUUGAGAUUUGGGGUAAAGGAGGAGGUGGUGGUGGAUCGAACAACAAUAAUUCUGCCAAUGAGCGAGGCAAUGACACAGAUAAGAAAAAUUAG